GCUGCUUAUUAUGAUGAUUAUUUUAUUUUUGUUGUUGUUAAAGUUAUUAUGACAGGAUUCUGAAAUGCAUGCGUGAAUAAGAUUUCCCCUGGUGCCUAAAUGAGAACAAUGGCACCAAGGCAGCGCUUCUUGAUGAGGCCCACAGCAAGACCCCUUUCCCCAUCCAUGCCUGCAGCAUGUGCUGGUGUUGUGUCUAGUUUCUGGGCAGCCACAGCCGAGUCAGAAUAGCUCAUCCACCCAGGUUUCAGGAACACGAGCAAUAUCGGCAUUCUCAUUCUCAAUCAAGUCAUGAAUGGCUCAAAAAUUAUGUUUCAAUUUUCUCCAUGAGCCAGAUUGCAACAAUGAUUAUCACGAACGAUCUCAAGCAACUUUGGCCAAGGAAUUUUGUGAAAUGGCAUACCGGUAAUUCAAUUGAUGCCGAGCUGAAGUCUUGGAAACACCUAAGGCUUUGUUAGCUGGACUGGACUGCAGCAAUUAAGACCUCUGUUUUACCAAGAUUCCCAUUUUUGUUUCGAACCCUUCCUGUAACUAUUCCCUCAAAUAUCUUUGUUAAAUGGCAACUGCUGCUUAAUGGAUUCAUCACUUAGGGAAAGUGUGGUCAUGUGACCAAUAAAACCCUAUGUAGACCUUGGAUGAGGGAAGGACUGAGAAUGCCUGAUCUGAAGUACUAUCAUGAGGCUUUUCAUCAAAAGCAGCUAAUUAAAAUAGUCAAGGAGACCCAAUGAAUUAAUUUCCUCUAGUCCUUCAAUAAGUGCGCUGCUGUUUCUUAGUAUAUCUAGACCUAUAUUGAGGGAUUUAUCUCAUCUUUUUUUGAAGAGAGCAUUGAUAAUGUGGAGGAAGUAUAGAGGUUCUCUGGUCCAGGGCACCUCUCUCCUCUUUCCAUAUUGGGUUCAUCCAGCCUUCAGACAGGAAGAGGUAUGAGCAAUUCCUUGUGGAAAGAUAUACAGUCUAUAUAGACUGUAUGACAUCUAGCAUGCACUCAGCACGUGUCUGAAGCUGAGUAUGCAUGACAUUAGUCAAAAUCCAUCCUUAUUCAGUGGCUUCUUGGGAAAUAUUCCUGUGGAAGACCUGGUUAAAAGGAGGUGCAUGUCGUUUCAUGCUCUGCAAGCACAGGUGAUCGAUUCAGUAAACAGGAGCUCGGAAAGGGGAAAAUUAAUCUGGUAAUGGGCAUCCAGUGAUUACAUUCCCUUUCUGAUCAAAUGUGUACAUGGGCUCAGGUUAAUGUAAUGUGCUCUGUGGGAAGCUACCCUUGAGGGUGGUUUGAAAAUUAGCGCUGCAGUAUGUGAAGGCCAUGGUGCUGAUGUUGGGCACUUGGCCGCACUCAAAAGCUGUGGGGCUCCCAACCUGCAACGCAUGUCACUAAAACGAAAGCAUUAAAAAAAUAAUAAUCUUACAGCAUUGUAUUAUAUUGUCCAGUAGCACCUUAGAGACCAACUACGUUUGUUCUUGGUAUAAGCUUUCAUGUGCAUGCAACUUCUAUUAUAUUGUAUUUGUUUCUCCCAAAACAAAACAAAACCCAAGCAAGCCAGAUAGGAAAGCUUAAACUCUUGAUUCUGUAAGGAAGCAAUUUGAGGGGGGGAUGGGUCCUCUCUCCCUGUUUGUUUGUUUGUUUGUUUGUUUGUUUUUAUUAAAGAAAGCAGAAACAGAAAAAGAAGCAUGUGCUCCACUGAGCCUAAACUAGCUAAAAAAGAAGAUGAAAUAAAUACCAAAGUGAGCCAAUAGAUAAUGGGCAAAACAGUAGCUUGCAACUUUUGCAUUUUUUUAAAAAAAAAUAACACAAAGGACUUGUGCAAAAACAGUCUUGUAGAAGACCUCUGUGUUAAAAACAUUCUUUAAGGGUUGUUCAUAUAUAUUGCAGUUACACUCCCCAGAGAUCUUUUGGGCAUGCCUUCAGUGAGCAUCAGUCAGUGUCAACAGGCAAAUUAGAAUCAUUUGAGUUGCUGGCAACAGAAUGGCUAGAUUGUAUUUAGGGGAGCAGCACACAGAAGUAAGGUGUGUGGUGAUAAAAGCCAUCCGCCUAGACAUCACCACAUACAUGACAAAAAAAUUAGAAGCGAGAGAUUUAAUAAACUUGAAAGAAAAAAAGAACAAAAUAUUCAUCUUGCUGGAACGUAGUAACCUUUAACAUCUUCAACAAGUAGUUAUGAACUUUUAUGACCUCCGCUUGUUACAAAAUCAAACUGUUUACUUGUGAUGAAUCAUCUUCUAUAACUGUAGUAACGUAAGAUUUUGUUAAUGUAAAUAACUCAACUGGAAUUCUUCUGAUUAGAUAUAAAGACUUUAUGUCCUGGUGGCUAUAGGUUCAGCAGAGGCAACAUGUUAAACAUUUACGUUAUGAGUUCAGGGCUCCUUGAUUCCAUGAUAGGAGGGAUGAAUUCAAUGUCUCAACCAGCUGCUGCUGGCCUUGCCUUUUUGUUCUGUUUGUGGCAUUGUGCUGGAAAUGGGAAGCUGUUGGUGAUGCCACUGGAUGGAAGUCACUGGCCAAAUAAGCAAGUGGUGGUAGAGGAGCUUGAGCAAAAAGAACAUUUGUGGUUGUGGUUGUAAUGCUAGAAAGCACUUUGGUCAUGCAGAAAGAUAUAUUCUGAGCAUUUUACUGUAAGAACAUUCUGGGACAUGCUUACAUGGAAGUAAGUGUAACUUAUACUUGCACCCAGGAGCAGCUGGAUGAAUUUUACUGUGCAAUAGGUGAGAAUGUUUUAAAUAAUUCUCACUUCUGGAGAAGGUUGUUCAAGAAUAUAAAAAUGUAUUUCAGAAUAUUUCCAUGUUUGCUUCUACUUGUAUGACAGAGAGCUAGCAGAUCAAUUUUGAUGCCAUAUCUUAAGAUGCUAUGCUCCUUGUGCUGAAUAUCUUUCCUUGAUCAUAGUCUACUUCUUGCAUAGACUUCCAUAUGGUUUGAAUUUUGAAGCAGCCCAGAAUCCAAGCCCCCUACCUUAUAUCUCAAGAGCAUAUACAACUUAUUCAGAUCAUAUGACAUUUUCUGAGCAUGCGGCAAACAUUUUAAUGACGGUGUUAAAUUCUUUAUUUUGCACUUCCGGAAGUCUGUUCAUAAACUGAAGCGUUCAUAAACUGAAGCGAACUUUCCCAUUGAAAAUAAUGGAAAGUGGAUUAAUCCAUUCCAGAUGGGUCCGCGGAGUACUCAACCUGAAGCGUACUUAACCUGAAGCGAACUUUCCCAUUGAAAGUAAUGGAAAGUGGAUCAAUCCGUUCCAGACGGGUCCGCGGAGUACUCAACCUGAAGCGUACUUAACCCGAAGCAUGGGUGUAAUUGGUUCCGGAAGUCUGUUCAUAAACUGAAGUGUUCAUAAACUGAAGCGAACUUUCCCAUUGAAAGUAAUGGAAAGUGAAUUAAUCCGUUCCAGAUGGGUCCGUGUCGUUCGUAAACCGAAAAUUCGUAAACCGAGGUGUUCAUAAACCGAGGUUCCACUGUAUCCAAGGUUUGGAACACUUUCUCAUGAAAUUACUAUAUAUUUGCAAUUUUACAGGACCUCCGUCACCUGCAUUAUGCUAUGAUUUGUGCCUUGAUUAGUGUUAUUAAGGAGGUAGCAACUCUCCUCAAUAUGUUGGGAUCCUUGACAAACUGAUUUGCUUUUGUUUCUACUCCACUGAUGCUAAACACGUUUAUCUGGAGCUCAGCACUAAAGGAUAGUGAGUGAUACCCAAUGCUGAAGCUUCACCGGUGCAAUGGACUUUGUGCAGGCAGUGGAUCUCUAUCCUUUCCUAUUCCCUUCCUGCCCACCCCACCCCCAAAAUUCCCCUCAAAAUCAACUCCAGGUGGUUGGAAGUCCCUCCGUAGCAUAUUUUGGAGAUGGAUGUGGGAAGCAGAGGAAACAGAAGUCCCAUUGCACUCAUUGCACGAAGCAAACAGAGGGAGAAUUGAAUAGAGGGUACAUCUCAAUAUAUAUUAAAAAUAAAAAUAUUAAAAUGAAUGUCUGUUACCAUAUGCUACACUGGCUUGCUGCCAUUUGACUAAGAAAAUGGUUUCUUUAAGUAACAAGAGAGGAUGGUGCAGCAAUUGGCAUCAGCUACUCCUAUCUGUUGCUGCAUCUGCAAUCUGCCUCGCUCUGGGUGGUGACGGGGGCAGGCUGUAUAAUACCUUGAAUUUCUCUAUGAGGAAACUCACAAUAAUGAAUAUAAGUCACACUGCUACCUGUAAUGCUUGAGAUCAGAAAUAAGAUAUUCCAGCUCCACUUGUCCCCUCUUUUACAUUGAAAUAUGCACAAGAGAUGAUGUUUUCUUUAAUAUUGUUAACGGCCACCCCAAUCCCUGCUGAGCCGUGCACAGGAUCCCAGGGGUCUUGGCCCUAAAUGAGGGUCUGUGCUCCUUUGGGGAAUUGAAGAGGCACUGCAGGCUACCGUAGCUUUAAGAAAUAUGGUCUAUUUACACCUACAGUCUGCCUGGAGGGAGUCCAGAUCUUACAGUAUGGUCGUGUCAAGAGAGGCUUGUUCCCCACAGCAGUGCAGCCCUGGAGUCCAAGGACUCUCUCCCAGCCUCCCUUCAGCCAGCCUGCCCAAAUGGUUCUGUCCUUUGUUCUCAGCUAUCCCAAGCCUUGUGCCAAAGGCCCCAAACUCUUCUGUGACAUCACAUCCAGCAUAGGCACCAACUUCUAGGGGCCAAGACAGUUUUGGCUCCCUGAAUAUAUAUAUAGAGGGGGCAGCCCCCCUCAAUAUUCAGAUGAUGUUGCACAUGGGACAUCAGCACAUUGCCCCCCAUCCUCUGCAGAGGCUGUCUCCUUUGACCUCCAGUUACCCUGGCAGCCUUCCAACCCCCCCUCCCCAUAUCUGUUCACACCUCAGGCAGGGAGAAGGAAUCUUGCCUUGUCAAUGCCCCUGUGUUGUUUCUUAAUGGCCCUACAUUGCCAGGUUAUUUUGCAUAGGCUAGCCCAGGAAUACUUCUGCAGCUUGUAUUUUCCCUUCAUAUCCCAAAUAAUCAGAAUUCUACCAUUUAUUAAUUUCUCGGGUUUAGGAAGGUCCCCUUUCUAGCACCAAUAAAAGUGAUGUUCCAUAGGAAGCUCACAAAAAAAGAGCACAGUAUAUGACAUUAUGGUAACUAUACUGCCUGACCUCCACGAGCUACAGGAUAAAACUAGAAACUUAUGCUGAAUCAUCUGCACGCAAAUAUUGCUACUGAAGGGAUUUGUUUCGUUAAUGUACAACAUGAACUGAUUUGGCCCUAUUCUUAUCUAUUUGGUAAGUUUGAACGUACAAACUUUAGCCCCGAUCAUAAGGUCAGUGGAGGACAUUUAUUAAACAUUUACAGUACCUGAUGCUUGGAAUCAGUGAUGCUGUGCGCUACAUCUCAGGAACAUUUGCUUUUGUGCAUUAGGUAUACAGUAUAUAACAAAGUCAUGGCUUCUUGUUACCAUGACAGGAACGAUGAAUUCAAGAUCUCAACGAGCCACUGGCCUUGCCUUUUUGUUCUGUGUUGCUUGUUCUAGUUAACAUUUUAAAAUCCGAGGGUUCAAGAGGCACACCACAUAAUUGUGCUAAAUCACCUUCUACAACUCUUGCGGCUGAAGAGUUUUCUUUUUUGUUGUUAAUGUACGACAUGAACUUGGUUGGCCCUGUUCUUAUCCAUUCAAUAUUAUUUCAUACACAGCCUUUGCUCCUGAUAAAAGUGGAGUCAGUGGAGGGCACACAUUAAACAUUUACUUGAUGCUUAGUAUGAGUGAUUACACCAAUGUUAUAUUUGCAACAUCUGCUUUCAUAUAUUAGGCACAAAGAGUGUAAGGAAGUCAGGACUCCUUGAUACCACGAUGGCAGGGCUGAAUUCAACGUCUCAGCUGGUUGCUGGACUUGCCUUUUGGUUCUCUUUGUGGCAUUGUGCCAAAAGUGGGAAACUGUUGGUAAUGCCACAAGAUGGAAGUCACUGGCUGAGCAUGCAAGUGGUAGUUGAGACGCUUGCGCAAAAAGGUCACGAGGUUGUGGUUGUGAUGCCAGAAAACACUUUGGUCAUGCGAACGUCUUCUGAGCAUUUUACUAUAAGAACGCAUUCCGUGCCUUACACCCAGGAGCAGUUGGAUGAAUUUUACAGGGCAAUAGGUGAGAAUAUUUUUAAUAAUCCUCACCUCCUGGAGAAGGUUGUUCAAAUCUAUAGAAAUGUAUCUGAUAGUGUUUCCAUGUUUGUUUCUGCUUGUCGGCAUCUUUUAUACGACAGAGAACUCAUCCAAUUCCUCCAGCAGAGCAACUUUGAUGCUGUGUUUUCAGAUCCUGUGCUGCCUUGCGCUCCAAUCCUUGCUGAAUAUCUUUCCUUGCCUACAGUCUACUUCUUGCGUGGACUUCCAUGUCAUUUGGACUUCCAAGCUGCUCAGUGUCCAAGCCCCGUUUCUUACAUCCCAGAGGGUUUUACAACUUACUCAGAUCAUAUGACAUUUACUGAGCGUGUGAAGAAUGUUUUAAUGACUCGUUUCAAUUCUUUAGUUUGCUACUUACUUUAUGGAAAAUAUGAACAGCUUGCUACUGAGUUUCUGCAGAGGAAGAUUACAGCCUUGGAACUUUAUAGUAAAACUUCCCUUUGGUUGCUGAGGUAUGACUUUGCAUUUGAUUACCCAAGACCUGUGAUGCCCAACAUGGUCUUUAUUGGAGGGAUCAAUUGUGCCCAGAAGAAGCCAUUAUCCAAGGAAUUUGAAGCCAUGGUAAACAGUUCUGGCGAACAUGGCAUUGUGGUGUUUUCCUUGGGUUCAAUGGUUUCUGAAAUUCCAAUGAAAAAAGCUAUGGAAAUAGCUGAAGCGUUUGGAACAAUACCUCAGACGGUACUAUGGAGAUAUACAGGAGAAACACCCCCAAAUCUUGCAAAGAACACAAAGCUUGUGAAGUGGCUACCACAAAAUGAUCUGCUUGCUCAUCCAAAAGCCAGAGCCUUUAUCACUCAUGCUGGCUCCCAUGGGGUCUAUGAGGGGAUCUGCAAUGCAGUACCAAUGGUGUUGAUGCCACUUUUUGGAGAUCAAAUGGACAAUGCAAAGCGGAUGGAAUCUCGAGGAGCAGGAGUGACUCUGAAUGUAGUUGAAAUGACUUCCAAGGAUUUAUCUGAGGCACUGAAGGCUGUUAUUUAUGAUAAAAAGUAUAAAGAGAACAUCCAGCGUCUCUCAGCUCUCCACCUGGACAGGCCCAUUGAACCUCUUGAUCUUGCGGUGCAUUGGGUGGAGUUUGUGAUGAAGCACAAGGGGGCUCCCCACUUGAGGCCAGCAGCACAUGACCUCAACUGGAUCCAGUAUCACUCUAUUGACGUCAUGGCCUUCCUCCUGGCUGUUGUACUCCUUGCCCUAUUUAUCUCACUGAAGUGCUGCCUGUUUUGCUGCAGAAAGUGUUUUUGUAAAAGUGGAAGGAUGAGCAAGAAAAGCAAAUCAAAAUCACAUUGAAAUGGGGUGGGGCAUGUAAGAUGAAGAGGAAGAGAAGAAAUUGGGUCCUGCUCUUGAUGUCCUCCAGAGGUUUUGGUCUACAACUCCUAUCAGACCUACCGUAGCUAGCAUGGUCAGAGAUGACAAGAGCUGUGGUACAAAAUAUCUGGAGGGCACUAUGUUGUCUACCGCUGUUGUAAAGCAUCCUUCCUCAAUCUCAGUUCCAAUUUGCAGGCGCUCUUAAAAACACAUACAUGAUGAUUUGCAAGGUCACUUCCAUGCCUAUAUAUGCAUUCAAACUAUUUUAGUCAAUGAACAAGCAAUUUGAUAGCCAAGGGACCUGUGAACUUCCGUACAGAUCCCACAGUUCUGUAGUCAAUUGAUCUGUUGGGGAAUCAAUUGUUUGCAUAACUUAUCUUGAACUGAUGGGUCGGGACCCACAAAUGGGGUCAGUGGUGCCACCAGUGUUUUGGAGGGAGGGUUGUUUUAACAGGAAGAGAGAGAUGGGAAACACAAUGAAAAUGUUCAGAUAGCAGAGGAAGAUAGCUGGGCUACCUUUAACAAUUGAGUAAGAGAGCGGGUUCUGGCAAGUGGAGCUCAUUGCACAGGGUUGAUAAAAGCUGCUCAUGAGAAUGCCGCCUUCCAUAGGAACCCCCUGCCCCCUCCUUUCCAUCUAGUCAUCCUGGAAAGAGAAGAACAAAGUAUGGCCUUAUAAUGCCAACUACUGGUAGCUGUACCCUGCCAUGCGUUGCUGUGGCUCAUCCCUAUUACUGCCCCCACCCUGUCCCAACCCAUGACCUAUCCCGCCCCCUCCUCCCCCACCCCCCACCCAGGCCUCCUCUCGGCCUAGUCUGUAAAGCCAAGGCGAGGUGUUUUGGAGAGGGAAGCUUUUCUAGGUGCAUUACCAGUGUAGCCACCACUAGAGGGCGCUGUUUUGCAACCUGCUUCUUUUCCCAGCAUGCCCGGCAGGGUCUGCUGCCUGAGUUUUGAGGUCCACAAAACGGGGUUUUACCUUGCACUGGUGUGACAUAUGUCUACGCAAACGGUAUAUGGUUUCUCGCAUAUUCGCAUGUGACGUUGUGUCCAAAUUUGAACGCAAUCGGUCAAGUGGUUUUGGUGAAAGCUGGAGACACACCCACGUGCCCUUUUUACAUUUACAGUAUAUAUAUAGAUAGCUAUAAGGAGGAGGAGGAGGACAGGAUGGGCAUAUGCAAUAAAAUUUAAAAUUUAAAGUGGAGCCUGCUUUGCUGGUGGACCUGAAAAGGUUGGCUAUUAAUGGUAUCCAUGAGCCAUUCCCAUGAUAGUUGAGUGGGUUACUGGUGUCUAAAGUCACUUUCAAAACCUAAAUGCCUUCACAGAUGACCCUCUCCCUUUGAAAUGGCAGCACAGCUGUGUUUGUUGGCUACAAGUGUUAAUUAGAACAUUAGAACAAACUCCUGUUUCCCCUCCGACUUCAGAAAUGUUGUUGUGACAGCAUCUCCUGUAAUAUUAAGAAGACAGUGAACAUCCUUGUGAGCACCUUACUAAUGCUGCUGGUUUGGUUGUCUAUAAGGGGCCCUUUUCAGAAACAUCCUGUACAUAGAAACAUAAGGCCAGUGGUCCAUUUAACCAAGCAUCCUGUUUUCAUGGUAGUCACUUUGGAUACCCGUGGGAAACAGGCAAGCCAGGACCCAAGCACAAGAGCCCUCUCCCCUCCUGUGGGUUUCAGCAUCUGGUAUUCAGAAUUAAGACAGCUUCCACCUGUGGAGACGGAGCAUGGCCAUUAUGGCUAGUAGCCAUUGGGAGUCUCCUCCUCCUCCAUGAACAUGUUUGAUCCUCUUCCAGGUUGGUGGCCAUCACUGCCUCUUGGGGGAGGGAAUUCCAUAGUUUAACUAUGACCUGUGUGAAUAAGUACUUUAUUCUGAAUCCUCCAAUAUUUGGCUUCGUUAGGUGUCCAUUAUGUCUAGUCUUAUGAGACAGAGACAGAGAGAUAUUCAGAAACAUGGAACAAUAAUUUUGUGAGAUUUUUGCAUUGCAGGAGGUUAGAUUACACUUGGGGUCCCUUCCAACUCUAAGAGUCUAUGAUGUUUAGUUGGAAUCUCCUUUAUUGUGUCCUGAAGCCAUUGGUUUGAGUCCUACCCUCUGGAUCAGGAGAAAACAAGCUUGCUCCAUCUUCCAUGUGACAGCUCUUGAUAUUUGAAGAUGGCUUUCAUAUCUCCUCUCAGUCUCCUCUUUACUAAGCCGAACAUACCCAGCGCCUUCAACCGUUCCUCAUAAGGCUUGGUUUCCAUACCCUUGAUCAUCUUGGUUGCCCUCCUCUGCACAUGUUCCAGCUUGUCAAUACCCUCCUUAAAUUGUGGCACAGGUGUGAUCUGACCAGGGCAGAAUAGAGUGGUACUCUUACUUCCCUUGAUCAGUCUCCUAACUGUAUUUAACAUACCUUUAAAGUAAGAGUUUCUCCCCCAUUUGGAAUCACUGUGCCCUGCUAAUUAAUUAAACUCUGCUGAUCUCUGUGACUGCUGUUCUGCAAAUAAAUCUCAAAUAAUAUUGUGUAGUUCUUCUUUUUCGAUGGGCCAGUGCAGCGCUUAAAUAGUGGUCCAUCUGACUCUUUGAUUGGCAUGCCCUCAGCCCAAUUGCACCCUGUCAGAUGGACCACCCAAUAGGGUGUUGUGGCUACUCCAAUUGAGCGAGAUGAGCGCCGCAACCCCAGAGUUGGUCAUGACUGGACCUAAUGGUCAGGGAUCCCUUUACCUUUACCUUUAAUUGGUCAUCCUAGAAGUAUAUCUAUCUAGAAGUAUAUCUCGGAGUAUAAGAAGAAUGAAUGGCACCAGUCACACCACUAAUUUCUUCUUACCUGAAACAGAUACUGCCUCACUUUGCCAGGCCUUUUGUUUGGUUUUGGUUUUUUGCAGAGAACAUUCCAGUUUCCUUAAAGCAAAUACUGUAGUUGUCACUUGAUUUCUUUUCCCUCUCAUCCCUGCCAGACUCUCUGGUCAACAUUUUGUUUCCUGGCAACAGCUGUAAAGGUACAUUAUUGGCCGAGGGAGCCGGCGUACAGCUUCCGAGUCAUGUGGCCAGCAUGACUAAGCCCUAGGCUCUGUGGUUUAACCCACAGCGCCACCCGCGUCCCAUGGUAACAGCUGAGACACAGAUAAACAUCUGACACAAUGCUGGCAUUGCAGCAGCAGCAGCUUCUAGUUCCAAGGCAACAGAAGUCCCUGAUAUCCGGUCUUGAGAAGAAUAUGAAGGAGAAAGAAGAUAAAUAUUCCUGUCUUCCCACCCGCAGAUUUCAUCCAAAAGUGAUAUAUUAGCAACCUUCAACUCCGAUGCGAUUCAUAGAUCUUAUCUGCUUGAUUUGAAGUAUUUGUCAGGAAGGUCUCUGCAACCUAGCAAUGAAUUUGCAAAUGUUAUACUCAACUGAAAAUUAAAAAAAAAUGUGAGUGGGAAAGAUACAUUUGCUCCAAACAUUCCUUACAACUGUAUUCAGCCAAUUUCAUAGAUGCACAUUAUAUGAAUUGGAGGGGGGCGAGUAAAGAUAAUUGGUCCUAAUAAAUCAAUCUUGGCAUUUCAUUUGAAGUCUUUCCCUAAGAAUUUAUAACCUGCAUUUUUCACACCCGCCCUCUGUCUCACUGACAUCUGUCUUGUGCAGUGCUGGUUUGCGAGUCAGCAGAGGUAUUUAAAUAUCACUUUUCUCUUUUUCUAGGUCACAGUGUGCUUUCUUAGAUCUAAACCAGACCUGCCACAGAUGUCAGUCGGCUUCUGCAUAGUAGCUUUUAUCUUUGUGAAGGCAAGAGGCUCUCUGGUUCUCAUGUGCUGGUCAGGGCCUGUGGACUUUGUCAAAAUAUUGAUAUGCUACAUCUUUUCCUAGAACACAGCACUGGUGAAGGAAGGAAGGGGUAGAAAACUGGUUCAGAGCAAGUUGGAAAUAGUUAUAAGUUUUGGAUUUGGGAAUUGGCAAAACAACCUUGGGCACCUCUGGAGAUAUUUUGUACUUAGAUCAAAGCAUAUGCUAUGUACACCUCUUGACUUCCAUCCAGUUCCAGCAUUCCUCAGGAGAUAGGAACAUUUCUGGCAUUCUUUUGAAACCGGCAACGAGUAUGCCAUUCUUCAUGUCCCCUUAGCAGAAUUUACUCUUUAUGUAGAUAGAAAAUAGAGUGUUGCACAUAGCCUUAAACUCUCGUAAAGAUAUAAAAUUUGGCUGUUUUUCUGUGUGCACAAAGUAGCACCUUUCUACACGUUGGUCUCACCAGGGCUGGCCCACCCAUGAGGCAGACUGAAGCACCCUCCUGGAGUGGCAGAAUCCCACGGUCACCCUGCCUGGCUUGGCCACCCCUGAGCUGCAUGGUGGUUUCUGCCAAGAUCUUGUGAGCUCCGUGGAAUCUACUGCAGUGGUGCAACCACAAUAAGCAAUGUUUGGGCAGGUGUGUGUGUGUGUGUGUGCCUGUGAUGGCGAACCAGAAUGGGCCACCCUGGGUAUCAUGAUGGUGAAAACCUUAGAUACAUUUUAUCUGUGUUGGAACCAUACAUCCUUGAUUCUUCCUUUAUCCAUUUUUUAUUAAUACUCCUGAAGGCUGACAUUCGGUCCCCAAACUUACCUGACCAGAUUUGGCAGUGGAACAUGAGAGGAAAUAGUAAACUCAGGACAUCUCCUUCUCCAUGGCGUAAUCAGGGUGUACUCUUGGAGAAACACCUAGGAUUGGGAUGACUUGCCUUGAUCCAGACCACCCAACCUCCCCAAACAACAGCAACAACUACUUGUUUAUAUGCUGCCCAUUUCACUGGGCUAUCCCAGCCACAAAAAAAUAAUCUAGCCUCCCUGCAAACAAAUCAGGAUGGAUGCUCAAUAAACAGGUUGUCUGGAAAUGCCCUAGGUUGAGAGUGGUUGGGAUAAUCAAUAAUGCCAACGUUCUCCAGAUUCCCACCAUAUUUUAUGCUUACAGGUCUGAAAUGCAACACAGAGAGCCCCAACCUUCUUAAGGGAGAUGUUUGAAUUGAGGAGCAGAAGGCUACAAGAGGGGCUCUUCCAAUGGUCUCCUUCUGUGUCUACCUGCAAACCCAAUUUUCUCUAUUCUAUCACAUGCUAGAAUAACCUCAGCAGGGUGAGAAUGAUGUGUGUUGGCAUAUCUCUGCCUCCAUUGGGAGGCCCAUAGUCACUAUUCCUGGACCCAGCAGGCAGCAGGGAGGGCCAGCAGAACUGAGCUGGCUGAGUGGGAACUUCAGGAGCUGCCAGGUAGGAUGUCACUGAGGAGGCUUUCACUAUCUGAACGCGCAGACUGGGGGCUCUUGGUGAUACCAAAUCAGCUCCGUUGCUCUGUUGUAGUUGACCUUCCACACAUUUUAUAUUCUGUCCACACUGGUGACUGUGGCAUAUCACUCUUGCUGAGUUGGCAGGAAAUACCCAAUUAUGAACAUGCCAAUUUAAAAAUCCAUUUUAGAUCAAUUUUUUAAAGCUCAAUAAUUUACCGUAUUUUUCGCACCUGACCAAAAUACGCACCUAAUUUUUUAGAGAAGGAAAGGGGGAAAGCCCUGGGUUUUUUUGGGAUCAGCUCAAAGUUGUACAGCUUCUUUUGCAAAUGGGGAAAGCCCCAUUUAUUGAGCAUCAGCUCACAGUUGUGCAGUUUUUUUGCAAAGGGGGAAAGUUCCAUUUUUGAGGAUCAGCUCAAAGUUGUUGAGCUUGCCUUGCAAAGGGAAAAAAAUCCUGUUUUUAUGGGGUUCAACUCACAGUUCUGCAGGUUCUUUAGGAAAGGAAAGGGAGCAAUUUCUAGUUUUCAGACAGAUAAUCUAAUCAGCCAGUCACAUGUCAGCUGGGGAAACACAACAAUGGAGGCCUGGGCAAGGGGGCGGGCCGGGAAGGGAGCUAGGGUCUCUUAUCUCCCUCCCUGAACUCUUGCAAUCAGCUGCUGAGUGGGUUCCUUUAAACACCCUCCUUCCCUCUUGUUAUCCUUUAGCUCUUUCUAAAAAAAACAAAAUAAGCACAUCAGCUUUUCACCCCUGGGCAAUUCGGCUCCAGGGACCACACAUUCAGCCUUGCACUGAAACCCCUUUUGAAUUGCAGAAAUACACACACUUUUGUGCAAAUUAAAGACUGAUUAAAAAACCAUGCUGCUAAAAUGGCACCAAAAAAAUGUAAUAGUGUAUGUGUGCAAAAAUAAAUACAUAGCCACAGGUAAAUUAGUUUAUCAUGUAGAUAAAGGUAAAG